AUUGCGCGAUUCUAUUGCGUACUGGUAAGAGAUAACUUGUUAUGAUUUAAAAAUAUAUCAUUUUGAAAGUAUUUAAAAUAUUUAUCAGUAUUAUCUUAGAUUACAGUACAUAUUAGAUAUUACCCACUGCAAAUAUAAUCAUGGACAUUUGUAUGAAUGUUUAAUUAGUUUUUAUUUUAAGCCGCUACCCACUGAACAAGAAUGUCAAAAGAUAUUAGAUCAUUUUUUCUGCCAAAAAAACCUCAAAAGCCUAAGAUAGAAGAGGAUGAUGAUGUUAUACCAGAGUCUCCAGAUGUUCAUAUAAAACAGAAAAAAGCUCCAAAAAAGAAACAAGUUUUGAGAGAUGAUUCAGAUGAGGAAAUAUUUACAUCAAAAAAGAAAAAUAAAUCUGAUAAGUCACAGAAUAAAAAAGUUAAAACGCCGCAAAAAUCUGUUCUAAAAGAGGUCAAAGCUGGUGAUAUCUUUGGUAGUGAACCAAUAAAAAGGACUGAACCAAUAGUGAAGAAAGCUAAAAGGAAAACUGAAGUUGGUAUACAUUCUGAUGAGGAAUUUGAUAAGAGUUUGUUAGAACUAGAUAUUGAAGAACCAUCACCAAAAAAGAUCAGUCCACUAAAAACUACUGAUGAAUCUAAGAAUAAUCAUGUAAAAGAUCAAAUUUCAAAUAAACAAUUAACACCAAUCAAGAAUAAACAGAAAACAAAAUCAAAGAAUGAGACAUCAUUUACAAAAGAAACAUCUAGUCGAUCAGUUUAUAAUAAUGUAAAGAAUGAGAAUAAAAGAAAAUUUGCUGAAUUUCUUGAUAGUGAACACAAGCCUCAAGAAAAUGAUGCUGACAUUCAGAGCAAAAAGAAAAAGUUAAACACUAGUAAUGUUGAAACAAAAACGAAUGGCACAGAGAUUAUGAAAGAUGGCGAUACUAGUGAAUAUUUCAAUGAUAGUUGCAUGGAGAUUGAUGAAACUCAGAAAGAAACAAAACCCAAAAAAAAGAAACAUGAUAAAAGUCUCAAUGAGUCUGCACUAACGGACGAAGAGCGUCACGAGAGGCGGAGACAAUCCGCCGCACUGUACCAAAGCUACUUAAAUAGAGCUGGCCCCAAACAUUUGGGGACUAAGGAGAUACCUGAGGGUCCACCAAAUUGUUUGAAGGAUUUUGCAUUCCUAUUGACUGGUGUAUUAGACUCAUUUGAGAGAGAAGAGGUUGUUGAAGCGAUAAAUAAGUAUGGAGGCAGCAUUAAAAACGGAAUUAGUAAAAAGGUAACCCACGUGCUGGCUGGAUCAGAAGCAGGUCCAGCAAAAAUGGCCAAAGCCCAAGAAUUAGGUAUUAAAAUUAUAAAUGAAGAUCAAUUCCUUAAUAUGAUUGCACACCCACCGCACAAAGAUAAAACAGAAGUAAAACAAGAGAUUAAAAAUGAAAAGUCUACUGCGAAGAAAAAAGAAAAAACGCCACAGAAAAACUUGAAUAGCUUUAAUAAUAAGUUGAAAAAAGAGUCAAAAAUGGAAGAGAAGACUAGAAAAAAUCAUGGUGAUGAUAUUCCAAAAGAAUGUUUGAAAAAAGAUAUUGUAAAAGAAGUAAAAAAAGAAAAGGAAGAAGUAAAUAGUGAAUCAAAUGAAUCUAUUGGUUCUAUAAAAAGUACAAAUGGUCUCCCCACAGCAUCGUUGAUGUGGGUGGAUAAGCACAAGCCGCAAAACAUUAAAACCAUUAUUGGACAACACGGAGAGUCUAGCAAUGUUGUAAAAUUAAUGAAUUGGCUCACCAAAUGGUAUAUGAAUAGAAAAGCUAAGCUGCAAAAGCCGAGCCCGUGGGCGAAGAACGACGACGGUGGUUAUUACAAGGCUGCACUACUCUCGGGUCCGCCAGGAGUAGGAAAAACUACCACGGUGGCGCUAGUGUGCAAGGAACUAGGAUUUGAUAUGGUAGAAUUCAACGCGUCCGAUACUAGAAACAAAACAUUGAUCAAAGAACAAAUUGGCGAAUUACUCACCACCACGUCGCUGUCUGGGUACGCUAAAGGAAAUACCGGUAAACAAGCAGUCACUAAGAAGCACGUGUUAGUGAUGGACGAAGUCGACGGAAUGGCUGGAAACGAGGAUCGAGGCGGCCUUCAAGAGCUGAUAUCAUUAAUAAAAUCAACAUCUGUACCUAUAAUCUGCAUGUGUAAUGACCGCAAUAGUCAGAAAAUGCGGAGUUUCGUCAACUACUGUUACGACUUGAGGUUUAAGAGGCCCACAGUCAAUCAGAUCAAGUCAGCAAUGAGGUCUAUAUGCUUUAAAGAGGAGCUCAAGAUCCCACAAGACGUGCUGGAACAGCUGAUCGUGGCUGCCAAUCAAGACGUCAGGCAGACCCUUAACCUACUUUCAAUGUGGGCUGUCGACAAGGACCUCACAGAUACAGAGCGACUGAAGAAAGAUGCCAAGAAUAUCAAGAAAGAUAUUAAAUUGGGUCCAUGGGAGGCUAUCCGGAAAGUGUUCUCAGCGGAAGAGCACAAGACCAUGUCAAUACACGACAAGAGCGACUUAUUCUUCUACGACUACAGUCUCGCGCCGCUCUUCGUGCAGGAAAACUACCUACAGGUGGCGCCACACUGCCACAAAAACCAAGUGUUGGAUCGCAUAAGUCAGGCGGCGGACAGCAUCAGCCGGGGCGACCUGGUGGACGCCAAGAUACGCCGCGCUCAAGCCUGGUCACUACUUCCCGUACAGGCGAUGUACAGCUCCGUGAUCCCUGGCUAUGCACUGGCGGGCCAUGUGGCCGGCCAGAUACAGUUCCCCGGCUGGCUCGGGAAGAACUCGCGCGCUACCAAAAUGCACCGCCUCUGCCAGGAGAUACACGCUCACACGAGGCUCAGCACAUCCGGUUCAAAAUCGUCUAUCUUCCUCGACUACUGUACGCACCUACGUGAUGCUGUGGUCACUCCCCUCCUCAAAGAGAAAAACGACGGCAUAGACAAGUCGCUAGAGGUGCUAGAGUCGUAUCAUCUACUUAGGGAAGAUCUCGAUUCUUUGACGGAACUCUCGCUGUGGCCCGGACAGAGGGAUCCUAUGGUUUUAAUAGAUCCUAAGGUGAAAGCGGCAAUGACACGGACCUACAACAAGAAAGCAACAGCUCUACCGUACGCGCCGGGCAGUAUCAAGCGUGGCCGAAUUCGUGAAGACGAAGAUGGUGAUGACGGCCAGCCUGAGGACGAGGCUGAAGAUAGCGAUCCCGAGAAUGAUGCUCUAAUCAAGAAAAAGAAAACAAAAGAGCCAGAAAAAGGUAAAAAAGAAAAACCAAGUUCAAGUAAAGAAAAAUCAAGUGCUGCCAAGGAUAAACCCAGUACCAGCAAGAAAAAGAAGAAAUAAUGUGCAUGUUUUAUAUUUUCCAUUGAUAAUGCUGUGAAAACAAUUAUGGGUAUUACUUAAAAAAAAUGGAUACCAUAAGGAGUUUUAUUUUUAAACUAGCUGUACCUGCGACUUCAUCCGCAUGGAAUUCAACUUUCUUUUUCUAAAAUAAAAGUAGCCUAAAUUAUCCCUUAGUACAUCAGAUACCUACCAAUAAAACUCCAGUCAAAAUAAAUCCAGCCAUUUCUAAGAUUGCCAGAACAAACAGACAGGCAGAUGAAUAUUGUGAAAAAAAAAUAUUUUGGCAUAU